AUGGGCAUCAUUUUCGGGGUGCGACUCCUGACGGUGGCACUGCUACUAGUUGGUCCUCCGCCGUCCGCUUCACUUGCCCUCGAGGAAGCCGACGCGAACCGGAUCAACUACGAUAUCUACGUGACGCCGGUGAUGACGGUACCGGCCGGUGGGAACCGGUUGCGGGCGAAGAACCCACUGCUGGCGUGGCUGUCAACCGUGCUGUACCACAAACCCGGCCCGCCAUCGUCGUCCGACGUGGGUACGACCGCAAAGCCGCUACCACGUGACUGUCCGCAGUGCUCUUGUGGGCGAGGCAAAACGAGCUCCCGGAUCGUCGGAGGAGACGCGGCCGACGUGAAGGAGUACCCCUGGAUAGCGAUGCUACUGUACCGGGGAACCUUCUACUGUGGCGGCUCACUGAUCAACGAUCGCUACGUCCUGACGGCGGCCCACUGUGUGUUGAGCUUCGUCCCGGCGCAACUCCUGGCCAAGCUGUACGACGUCGAGCGGUCCGAGAUGGUCACCCGGAGCGUCACGAGGCUCCACGGCCACGAGCGGUUCAGUUUGGACACGUUCAACAACGACAUCGCGCUGGUGAAGCUGCAGGCUCCGGUCGAUGCCGGCGGAAGCUUCAUCCCGGUGUGCCUGCCGGUCUCGGGACGUAGCUUCACCGGUCACAACGGCACGGUGAUCGGAUGGGGUAAGCUUGGCAACGGGAGCCUUUCGAACGGACUGCAGAAGGCCGUCGUCCCUAUCAUGAGCAACGCUCAGUGCCGGAAAUCCAACUACCGGGCGUCCCGGAUCACGGAGAACAUGCUGUGUGCCGGGUAUGCCGAGGGCGGCAAGGAUGCCUGCCAGGGUGACAGUGGUGGACCGCUGAAUGUCGGGGACAGCAACUUUCGCGAACUGGUCGGAAUCGUCUCGUGGGGCGAGGGUUGCGCCCGGCCGAACUACCCCGGGGUCUACACGAGGGUGACACGCUACUUGCCCUGGAUCCGGGCGAACACACGGGACGCGUGCACUUGCGAACGGAGCGCCACCUAG